UAUUUUUCAGGGAACCAGGAACUCAGAAGCAUGUCUGGGAAGCCCAAGCUCAUCUACUUCAAUGGAAGAGGACGAAUGGAGCCGAUACGAUGGCUGCUGGCAGCAGCUGGGGUGGAGUUUGAGGAAAUUUUUCUGGAUACAAGGGAGGAGUAUCUAAAGUUAAUCAAAGAUGGAUCCCUGAUGUUUCACCAGUUGCCCUUGGUGGAGAUUGACGGGAUGAAGAUGGUGCAGACCAGAGCCAUCCUCAGCUACAUAGCUGGGAAAUACAAUCUCUAUGGGAAGGACCUGAAGGAGAGAGCCCUCAUUGACAUGUACGUGGAGGCAAUAACAGAUCUGACAAACAUGAUCAUGAUGUUUCCUUUCUCUCCACCUGCGGCAAAGGAGAAAAAUUUGGCCUUGAUUAUGGAGAGGGCAACACACAGGUACUUCCCAGUCUUCGAAAAGGCUUUGAAACAGCAUGGCCAAGACUUCCUUGUUGGCAACAAACUCAGCUGGGCAGAUGUUCAGCUGAUAGAAGCCAUUUUAGCAGUGGAGGAGAAAUUCCCUGCCGUGCUGUCAGGGUUCCCCCAGCUGCAGGCUUUUAAAACAAGAAUGAGCAAUAUGCCUGCAAUUAAGAAAUUCCUGCAGCCUGGCAGCCCAAGGAAGUCCCCACCAGAUGACCGUUAUGUAGCGACUGUGCUGAAAGUCCUUCUUGAAGAUGUCAGUCUACGUCAAUCUCCAUAA